AUGAAGGAUAUUGUCAACAGCAAUCGUAUCGAGCCAUCGAAACUUGCCAUGUGUCGUGGUAUUCGAAUACAGGACGAAUGGACUUUCAUAUGUGGCUUAUGGCUUCGAAAUCGUUCCAUCGUCAUUGUUUUAGCCAUAAUUCAGCUGGUCGUCGCUUGUGUUAGCUUUGCUCAACAUGUUUAUUCCGUCUCCAAAUUUAACAAAAUAUUUCUUUGUUCUUUCAAUGAAACAUCUCCGACGGCAGCAAAUUUUCUUGCCGCUGACGUCAUUAUUUUUGAUUUUGGUCUCUUUCAUGAGCUCAUCCAGGUUCAAGAAUGCAUAGCGAAUUACUUAGACGGCGGUUAUAUGAGAUGUCUUUGGUGCAUUUCUCAAGUCAUAGCUCUGACAUUGACCAUAGGCACAUGUGUUUUUGUUAAAAACCCUCAUCCACUCGUUCUGUGGCCGAUAUUAAUAAUUCAGAAUGCAUACUGCUUCGGAUUAGUCAUUCUAACGAUAGCAACAGCUGAUAAACUACUUGUGUCUAUCUUACAUCCUAUAAAUCCACAUCUGAACUUGCUCAUCUUCUAUUUUGGAGUUGGGACAUGUACGAAUCAUUUGUUCGAUUACAUCCUCUGGCAUUACUAUUGGCAUGAAGAGUAUCAAUAUAUAAACAGAACAGGAAAACACGUGUUACCAUUUUGGGUUUGA